AUGACGGGAAGAUGUGGCCUUUCGGCCACAUCGACGGUGGAUAUGGCGGAAAAGGUCACAACUGGCCAUUACGGCCAUUUCCGAUCGUUCGUUGCUGUCGGCGGUAGCCAGAACUGGGAAGUUGGGUGGGUGGGGGUGUUUUUGUUAAUUUUUGAACCUUUCUUGAGGGAUAUCGGCGCUUUACACGGCCGUGCGCCGUCAUGGGACGACGAGGGCGACGGGAUUUACUCAUCGGAGUGGUGGGGAACUGAAUCCGACGGCUACACUGUUCUCCGUUCAACUUCUGAUAAAGGAAACGGCAUAGUAUCUGUUCUCUCUUACCCUUCUUCUAGACCGAGUAAAGACAAGUGGCCAGAAAUGGAGAGAUGGCUAGAGCAAAGAUAUACAGAGAUUUAUGGAAAUUACGAACGGUUUAGAGUGCUUGGAUACCAGUGGCGCACCCUUCGAUUUAAUGAGGAUACGCGCCAGAGCACCGCUAAAAUCACGGCGGCCUACAGAGAAUCCGAGCCGGGCUCUGUGUUUUUAAUGCAACAACCACAUUGCUUGGCUGUUCCAUACCUAAAGAGUAUGGUGUCAACUGGGCUGGCUACUAUUGCAUCGUGUAACUAUGAUCUUAUGAGUGCUGUGCAUGGGAAGAAAACAAUGAAUAUAUUAUGCAUUGGACAUGGAGGGGGGAGCUUACCACUAUUCUUGGCGAGUAAAAUUCAAGGUGCUGAUGUCCACAUAGUCGAAAUUGACCCAAUUGUUAUCUCUGCUUCAGUUCAAGCAAUGGGCUUUCCAUAUUUCUCAGUUAUGACCCCAUUAGGUGAGCGAGUCAUGUCGAAACCAGAUAUCAAUGAUGAAGUACUGUGGAAAGGCAUCCAUGAGAGAAUUUACCUCUAUGAAUCAGAUGCUGAGAAGUUUAUCCUUCAAAACAACAAUGUGUAUGAUUUAGUCUUCAUUGAUGCUUAUGAUGGUGACGACAUCUUCCCUCAUAAACUUCGGGAUCCAGAUUCCCCUUUUAUCAACACCCUCAGGAAUCAACUGCAUCCUGAACAUGGCACUGUUGUGGUGAACCUUCAUUCCGAUUCUGAUUUUCUCGAGUCUGCUGAAACAAAUUCAUAUUUUGGUCAACAGCUUCCACCGAUGGGAAAAUAUGUAACCAGUGUUUCCCAUGUAUACAAGGAUGUUCUAUUGGAAAACGGAAGUUCACGUGAUGGAAAAGUAGGUUCUGGUUUGGCAUUCAGUGUUUCAGUUCCUUGGGUAUGUAAUUCAACCCUGGUUGUGUGCAGAGGUUUUAAGAUGGAUGGUGGGUAUUAUAAGCGGGAUUUCGUUUUGAACACUGUUAUAUCCAAAUCCCUUGAACUGGAACUUGUACUAAACUUACCAUUACCAUGCUUUCAGUAUAUAAAGAGAGGUUUUAGACUCAUUGAUUAA